GAUCAACUUAUCAACACUUUUGCGCGCCCGCAUUAUUACACACCAUGACCAACGUUCGCCAGAAGAGAAAGAACCGGUCCGGUCUGCCCAAGGCUAAGGCCAAGCGCACUGGUCUCCUGAAGAAUGGCCGGAAGAAGAUCAACGUCCUGGGAAAUGCUAUCAUUGCUGAGAACUGGAACCGCGAGUUGACCCUCACUCAAAACUACCGCAACCUGGGACUUGUUCAUCGCCUGAAUGCGCCGACUGGUGGUUCCGAGAAGCGCCGCACGAAGGACGGCAUCGAGCGCGAGCGGGAAGACUCGUUGCACAUCAAGAGCAGCGCCACCGCCGUUGCCCAAAAGAAUGCUGCCAACGAGAUCAGAGUCGAGCGUGAUCCGGAGACCGGCAAGAUCCUGCGCGUUAUUAGCAACGACGACGAGAUCGAGGUGGCGGGCCGCAAGCACAAGCGCAACAACCCGCUCAACGACCCCCUGAACGACCUGUCCGACAACGAGGAAGAGGACGAGCCGAACGCCCAGCAGAAGAACGCCGACAGCGACAUUGUACGCCAACUCGAAUUCCAGGCGGAUCAGGAGAGUCGCAAGGUGGCCGCCAAGAAGCCCCGCCACCAGAGCAAGAGGGAAGAGGAAUGGAUUCUGCGGUUGGUCGAGAAGCACGGAGAUAACUACGCCGCCAUGGCCCGUGACCGGAGACUGAACCCGAUGCAACAAACCGCCGGCGACCUGAAACGCAGAAUCGCCAAGUGGGAAAAGACCCGGUCAUGAUUUGUUUUUCGAAUCCAUUGCAUUUCGGCGAGUCUGGCGUUUGUUCCUCGGGUUUUAUUUUGGGCUGAUCAAAGUGUCUGAGUCUUGAGUCAUGACUUUGUCCGGCUUUGCUCCUUUGCGGUAUACCAAUUAGUUUGGAUGGAUAAGUCACAUCUACAUAAAUAAAGAGAGUUGUUACGCCUCGGUGGUAUUCUUGCAACAAAUCAUGGGUGGGCUGUAUUCACGAUGACCACUGCAUAUCUUUCACAAGCUGUUUUCGCUUGAGAUAUGUUAUCUCUUCA